AUGAAGAAAGACAACAGCGCAGGACAGACAGGGGAAAGACCCCCUGGAAAGACGCACAUAGAAAAGUACCAUGCAAACCCAUUUACAAACUCGAAAGAAGAUUACUACAAUGAAAAAAUAUUGCGAAUAAUAUGUUCCAUACUAUUGUGUAAAAAUAUAAAAAGGGUAGAUUGUGUAGUGCUGGAUUUGCUAUUUAAUUUUUUUAUAAAAAUGGUUAAAACGAUUGGAAUGAAUUGCAGGAAGUUCUCUUCCCUGAGGGGAAGUAUUGUUGUGAAUUACAUUGACAUAAAGCAUUGUACCACAUUGGCCUUAAGUAAUUUGUACGAGGAAAUUUACACAACGAGCAAUUUAAAUGACCUCUUUGAAAGCUCCCCAUAUGAGGUUCAAGAAGAAGAAGAGGAGGAUGAUGAGGAUGCUGUUAAAAAAAAAAAUCACAAUUAUAUUAACGUUCUGCAAAAUUCAUACUUAUACUACAAGCAGCUGUGUAUGAAACAGAGGGAAAAGUAUGACUCGAUGGAGAAUUUGGAUGGUAACAAUCCUGUGGACAGUCUGCACAACAUAAUCAACCUGAACUAUCUCAACAUUGGAAACAACUCUUCAUCGAAUGAAAAUGUGAAUGUUUUAUUUUUAAAUGAAAAUAUCGAUAUAGAAAAGUACAAGGAAAUUAUGAAAUUAAAAAAAAAAUAUGUACAUGAUCAUAUGCCCAUUAUUCCACUGUCUCUAAAUCGGAAAGAAAAAAAAACAGGACUUUACAAUGACAAAGCAGAUUAUUACAUGGACUUAUCUUCUUCCUAUAGCUCUUCCGACAAGUUGUCCUUAUCUUCGUCGUCUGAAUCGUCUCAUCCAUCAAGUGAUGAUUCGGAGUUCUUCCACCACAUGAACGAAAGUGGCUGCGAGGGAAAAAAUGUAGAGAGUCACACAAAGGAAGACAUGGGACAGGAGAAAAUGCAGGUGUUAAGCCUCCUGCCAAAGUUGAGGGACAUAUACAUGCAGAACAGAGAACGUACCCUCAAAGAGGGGAACCCGCAGGCCCCCUCAGAGUACUUGUUUAAUUCGUUGAAUAUUUUUGAGCCCCCAGAUGGAGGCGGCCUUUAA